AUGCCAGUAGAGCCGCCGUCGCCGAAGAGGUUUAUAAGCACAUUGUGCAAUAUGUCCCUCACACAUGAUAGCUACACGGUAGCAUGGAUCUGCGCCUUACCCGUCGAAGAGGCAGCUUCGGAGGCUAUGUUGGACGAAACUCAUGUCAAUCUUUCCCAACAACAAAAUGACACUAACUCCUACACCCUCGGCCGCCUUGGUUUCCACAAUGUGGCAAUUGCCUGUCUGCCAUCUGGCGAUCACGGGAUCAAAACUGCCGCAAUAGCGCUGUCACACAUGAUCUCAACCUUUCCCCAAUUAAAAUUCUGCCUCAUGGUGGGCAUUGCAGGUGGCGUACCAUGCCCGGCCGAUAUCCGCCUUGGUGACGUGGUAAUCAGCGUCCCGAAUCGAACCUCUGGAGGUGUGAUCCAGUAUGAUUGUGGAAAGGCUCUUCAUAAUGGCAAUUUUCAGAGGAUUGGAUCACUCAACAAACCUCCUCCAGUCUUGUUGAAUGCAAUUACCCAGGUACGAAGUAAUUAUGCCAGUGGAAAAGGACGUAUCCAAAAAAUCAUACUCGACGUCCUUGAAAAUCACCUGGCAAUGAGCGAAAGGUUCUCACGCCCAGAUCAAGAUCUCCUGUUCAACUCCACAUAUGAGCAUCCAAAUGGCAAUCCCGAUUGUUCAACAUGUGACCUUACUCGGCUGGUUACCCGUGAGCCACGAGCAACAGAAGAACCCCAAAUUCGUUAUGGAUCAGUGGCCUCUGGAAAUCAAAUCAUGAAGGAUGCCAAGACACGAGACGAAAUUGCUGCAAGCCUAGAUAUUCUUUGCUUUGAAAUGGAGGCGGCGGGAGUUAUGGAUCUAUUUCCGUCCUUGGUGAUCCGCGGUAUAAGUGAUUAUUGCGAUUCACAUAAAUCUGAGAAAUGGCAGGCGUAUGCGGCUCUUUCUGCCGCAGCUUACACCAAGGAGCUCCUAUACGUUGUUCCACUCACCACCUUCAACAAGAGCCGCUAUAGUAAAAUUCACUCUGGAUAUCUGGAAGCUAUUUACAUAUUCCCGCGAUGGCUAGUUGACUUUACUGUCAUCAUUUCUGGAAGCCCAUCGUAUGGGCUUAGCUUUCCACGAAGAAUCGGGUGGGGUAUUACGGAAACCAUUCUCAAGUGUGCGUACGAGGGCAACGUCGAUGGCCUUAAGACUUUAUUGGGAAGCUCGGCAUAUACUCUACGUGAUACGGACCAGAAAUACGGCAGAACUGCACUACAUUAUGCAGUGAUGCGGAAUCACAUUGGCGCUUGCGAGUUUCUCGUCAAUGCGUCUGCUAAUAUCCAUGCCAUGGAUAACAGUGGAAUGACCCCAGCAAUCAAGGCCUGGGAGCACAUAUUGACGGAACGAGGAAAUCAGAGUCAGCUUGAAAAAUUUAGGUGUCUUUUUUCCGACAUAGACUUCUGCGACGACAUGAAAUUCUCGCACAUUCAUAUGCUGGUACUAAAACUCCUACCAGGCGAUCUUACCAGGGAUUUACAAUUCAAGGAACACCAUCGAAGAAUUAAUGAUCUUGAUUACAGUGGAAAAUCCCCUUUGCAUUGGGCAGCAACUCGAGGGGAUUUUGAAGGGAUAAAGCUCCUUCUCCACUUCGGAGCCGAUGUGACAGUGGUGAACGCAGCAAGGUUAACUCCAUUAAUGUCUGCGGCAUCUUCUGGCUGUGCGAAGUCUUUAAGUUUGCUGCUCGAUGCCGGUAGUGAUGUUCACGCGAAAGAUAUCCACGGAUCUGAGGCUCUCUAUUUUGCUUCCAGACAUCAGAAGAGCCUCCGUACGAUCAUUCUCUUACUUCGCGCAGGUGCCCAUUUGAACUCACAAAAUAACAACGGACACACUGCCUUGAUCGGCGCGGCGAUCAGGAAUCAUGACAAAAUUGGACAAUAUCUUUUACGCAAAGGCGCAAAUAUUGAUGCUAAGGGUGCGAAUGGUGAGGCUGCUUUGUUUGAAGCUAUCUUUCAUAAUAGCCACCAAUUCCUUCUACUGCUUUUGGAGUCAUCGGCCGAUUACACGCUUGUUAAUCACUCUGAAUCGACUAUCCUUCAUGCUGCGGCACUGGAAGGUGACCUUGAAACAGUGGAAAUUUUGCUUCACGCAAAUCUGAAGCAGUUGGACCCAUCGCAUCGCAAUAAGCACGGCCUGACAGCCAUUGAAAUGAUUCAGAGACGUACAGUCGUGGCCGAUGGAUUUGAAGAUACCUUUUCUCGAUUAUGUCUUCUUUUAAAGUCGAGAUAA